AUGGCCGCGGCUGCUACUCUCCAUCUUCUCGACAUCUGCGCGAACUAUGGCGUUCAGUGUUUUCUUCGGGGCAUGUCUACUCAUUUACCUGUGGAUGACUUGCCACCUCCACCUCUUCCGGACGCAGUGCCCGCACAAUUCUGUGCUGAGAUACGCGUAGUCGCUCACCGAAUUAUCCAAGCCAUGAGAAACCCCAUUCACGUCGACUGGAGUGCGGAUACUUACUGCGCUCUGCUUGGUGGUCACAACGGCGGCAAUGCGACUUUCGAAGAGAACUUACGCCAGCGCGUCCCACCUUUAAAGAUGUCCACGCCGCUCAAUGAGCCGCUGACGGUCAUCGCAGCCGGCGAGAUCAUCCUGAUUUACCUUCCGGAUAUGUUACUUCCAGAACGACAGGCUGAAAUCGCUGCCAGCAUUCCUCUCGCCAGCCAGGCCAUUGCCGCUCAUCCCCCUAAACCCGAUAAUAUCGGAUCGACCUCCCGCUGGCGGCAUUCCGAGUAUCUCUACGCUAAAGACACCGGCCUCGCUUUCGGUCGUGGAAUGACUACGUUGUCUCCAGGAUGGUUGAAUCAGGCCCAGGAGGGACCUGAAGACACUUUAUACGUGUCCGCUGAUCUCGGGGCUCGUCGGGGACGUCCUGAUAAUGCAGCGCAAAUUAGUGCCCAGACCUGGCUGGCGGCGAAUCAAGAAACCGGUAUCCUUCUGUCGGUCGCCUUGGCGAUUUCGCAUCCCACGCAGUACCAAGAAACCCGCAAGGCGCUUGAGUAUCUUUCAACUCUCCCGGAUUUCGCCCAACAUAUGCAAAACUGGUCUUUCGCUUUCAACGUUGUCACCCUGAUCUGCAACCGGCGGACGCCAGCACAUAGAGAUCGGUCGAGCGGAGGACGCGAGUUUUACGAUCUACUACUUACAAUCGGAGGGGGUCCGCGCACAAUGUUGUCCCUUCCGGGCCUGGGGCUUAAGUUGCAAUACGACUCUGGCGCCGUGGCGUUAUUCUCCGGGAACCAACACUUGCAUGAGGUAUCUGGCUUUUUGGAGGAGCGGGCCUGCAUCGCCUGCUAUGCCAGGGCUCCAGUCAUUCGGUGGUUGAACGCCAAUCACCCUCAACCGCCGGCAGGUCGAUUAACGCUUCCGCAGGGAUGGUGGGACAUGCUCAUGGCGCAGACUUCUUCUACUUAG